CUGGUUGUGGUUGCGAGUUGUACAACAAAAAUGCGAUUCACUUAAGUUUGUAACGAAACUUAUUUCAGCUGAACCACAGCUACAGUUACAUUGAUAAGAUUAGAUUGCGUUCAUUGUUGUUGUGUUGCUUAAGUAUAAAACAGACGUUCUACAGCAAGAAGACCUAAUGUUUCGUUCAUUGAGCAUUUAAUUUGUAUUUUGCUGUUGAUGUCCGCUGCCGAGUAAAACACAAUCCGGAACGAUGUCUUCUUUUCCAUUCGCAAUUGUCGACGCAUUCUGUGUACCCAACGAAGCAUUUACUGGCAAUCAAGCGGCUGUAGUUGUACUUCCAUCGGAUGAUUCACUGCCCGACGAAGUAAAACAGAAGCUUGCAGCCGAGCUAAACUUAAGCGAAACGGCGUUUGUGUCCAGAGGCUGGACCGAAACGGAUCCACAUGACGAUCACAAACUGAUACUUAGAUGGUUCACUCCCGAUGUCGAGGUUCCUCUAUGUGGCCAUGCGACACUCGCAACGGCACGGACUUUAUUCGAAACAAUGCAGUCAGAGCGACAGACUGGCGCCGACACAACACUGGAAUUUGAGACGAAAAGUAAAGGAACAUUAACAGCGACGAUGAACUGGUCAAGCGAUCGAAUUAGUCUUGAUUUUCCAUUGGCACCUUCCAGUCCAAUUACCGUUUCACAGCUUGAAUGCUUACCGCUACUGCUCAGCCACUUGAUGGGUUCAUUGGAUGUGGAUGAAAUAAGUUGUGUUUAUUAUUCGCCGUUAACGAAAAAGCUGCUGAUUCGAUUACGUGGAGACGUGGAAGAAAGUAGUGUCAGCAGUUCCACUCUCUUAAAACUGAAUCCGAAUUUCAUCGAACUCAUUAACGUCAUAGGCAACAACUUGGUUCUUGGUAUCAUUGUUACAGUGAAGGGAUCCGGCGAUAUUGACUUUUAUUCGCGUUACUUCGCUCCAUGGGUUGGCUUGAACGAAGAUCCAGUUACUGGAUCAGCUCAUACCGUUUUAGCCGCUUAUUGGUCAGACGAAUAUAAACGGAAUGAGCUGCUCGGAAAACAAUGCUCUAAGCGAUCAGGAUUGGUGUGGUGUAAAUUGCACGAGCCGGGAAGAGUGCGCCUCGAGGGCUUAUCGAAACUUGUGGUGCGAGGAGAUAUCACAGUUUGACUGGAUUCGGUCUAAAUGAGCCUUUAAGGGAAGCUACAUGCGCCUUUUUUACAAGGAUGUGUCAAAAAAUAAAUAAAUGAAGUACUACAAUAACUGGCGCACUAAAUGCUGUGUUUCACCUCUUCCCAUUGGAUCACAAAUAAUGAUCGAAAAUAUUACCAGCACAUGUCACAAUGUUGUAUGUGUACAUGUUUGAGCUGAAAAAUUCAGCAAAAUGAUAUUUUACAUCACUUAAGAGUCAAUCUCUCUAUUGCGGAACAUUUGUGAGAUAAGAUUAGAAAUAAAUGGGAAUGUAAUAUGCGAUAACGAUUGUCUGACGGUCUGGCGAUAAAUGUUAGAUGCAGACUUUAA